AUGGCGCCUACAAGACCAUCAAAGAGGGCAAAAGCCAAGAACCGAAGCCACUCCAAAAAAUCCACAGCAGCACCCACGAAACCCGCAAAACAGCUGCUCGCCGAAGCGACCGCCCUCCUCGAACAAGGCGAUGCGCCGGGCGCAAUCACCACCGCGCGCCAGGCCCUCGACGCGGCCCUGGAGAAUGACGACACGCGAGCAUGCGCCGCACACAUGCUGCUCGGCGAGAUCAACGUCGAGAUGGGCGAGAUCGACGCCGCGCGGGCGCACUUCCUCGACGCCGCGAGGCUGGACGAGGACGGCGCGCUAGCGGAGGAGCUGGGCGGCGGGCCGGAGAAGUUCAACUGGCUGGCGCAGCUGUCGGAGGAGGGCGGCGCGGACUCGGUGCUCUGGUUCGAGAAGGCGGCGGCGUGCCUGCGGGCCCAGAUACAGGCGCUCACGGAGGCGGCGGCCGAGGCGAGGAGGAAGGGCAGCGCGCACAGGACGGUCGAGGAGGAGAUCGAGAAGGCGGCCACGGAGAAGAAACACAAGCUGUCUGAGACGCUGUGCGCUGUCGCCGAGGUGUACAUGACGGAUUUGUCGUGGGAGGACGACGCGGAGGCGCGGUGUGAGGCACUCAUCACGGAAGCCACGAUGCUGGCGCCCGAGUUGCCCGAUGCGUGGCAGACGGUCGCGAACGUCAGGGUCAGCCAGAGCAGAAGAGAGGAUGCCGUGGCAGCGCUGGAGAGAAGUAUGGCGCUGUGGACGGAUCUGGAGCCUGAGGACCCCGGAGUGCCUCCGUUCCCAUCCAGAGUGGGGCUGACAAGAUUAUUGAUUGAGUGCGACUUACAACAAAAGGCAGUGAAGGUCUGUGAGAGGCUAGUGUUGGACGACGACGGGAGUGUGGAGGCUUGGUAUCUCGGUGGGAUGGCACAUUACACUCUGGGCGAGAAGGGCAAAUUAGAGGCGGGCAAUACGACAAACGGUGAAAAUGGCGCAGAAGCCACGGAAAAUUGGAAGAAGGAGUGGGUCAGAGCACGGCAGUGGCUGUCGCAAUGUCUGCUACUGUUUGAGGCGCAGGAGUACGAGGACGAGAGGCUGGGAGAGCACGCAAAAGAGCUGCUUGCCACAGUGAAUGCAGAAGUGGGCGAUCUGCCGGAUGAGGAUGAGGACGAGGAAGAUGGGGCCGGCUGGGAAGAUGUUGACGAAGACGGUGACGAUGACCACGAGAUGGACCAGUCUUGA